AUGAAUUCAAUACCAAACCUUAUUAUUUUAAAGAUAGGAGGUAGUUAUCUAACUGAAAAGAAUAGAGUUGAUGGUCCUCCAGUUUUAGAAAAUAUACAUGUAUUUAGCAAAUGCCUAGCUCAAUUUAUUCAUUCUCAUCCUAAACAACCAAUUAUACUUGCCCAUGGAGCUGGGUCAUUUGGUCAUGUCCCAGCAGCAAAGUAUCAUCUUGCAGAAGGGUUUCAUAAAACUGGUGUUAUUGAAUGUGAAAUGGCAAUGCAAGAAUUAAGUUCUGUCAUUGUUAAUUCAUUAAUUAAAGAAGGGGUUAGUGCUAUUCCAUUUCAUCCUUUUAAUUUUGUUGUUACUGAAAAUAAAAGAAUUGUUGACAUGUAUUUACAACCACUUCAAAUGAUGAUUAAUCAAGGAAUUAUUCCUGUGGUUCAUGGAGAUAUUGCAAUGGAUAUUAUACAAGGUAGUUGUAUUCUUUCUGCUGAUCAACUAGUUCCAGAACUUGCUAUUAGAUUUGGUUGUAGUAGAAUUGGAUUCAUUUGCAAUACCCCAGUUCUUAAUGAUAAAGGAGAAGUUAUUCCAUUGAUAAAUGAACAAAAUUAUGAUUCAAUAAAAAAGUUUUUGCAUGGUUGUAAAGGAGUAGAUGUAACUGGGGGCAUGGCUGGGAAAAUUAGUGAACUAAUGAUAGCAGCCAAAAAACACAUGAUUCAGUCAUACGUUUUUGAAGGUACAAAGGAAUGUCUAGAACUUUUUUUAGAAGGAAAUGAUGUUGGAACCAAAGUUUGCCAAUAA